AUGAAAUACCCUUUGGCUGAAACUAUGAGCAUAUCGAAUGUCGACAAAGCAACAAUAGAGCCACGUUGGUUUGAGCUCUUUGCAGCGAUCGAAGCCAAAUUCGAAGCCUCCAACAUCGCCAAUGAAAAAUGGUAUCUCACAACUCUAAGCGCGAUUACCACGACACCAAAACCACACCUUUGUGGCCAGCUAUACCAAUACCUCAUAAGUCAACAUGCGUAUUCGACCACCAGUACACGCCGGAAGCUGAUUCAACGCAUGCGCGAGGCACUGUUCAAGGAUAUUUCGGUUCUGGGGCUCCCCAAACCCGCGGAGGCACUCCUCGGCAUCAAUCAAGUCAUGUCCGAAGAGGAUGCGGAAGGCUCCUUCACACGAGAGGGCUGGCAGUGCGAUGAUGCAAAUCAUGCGCGCGGGAUGGAUUGGUUGAAAUCGAUAUAUGCCCAUAACACCAGUACUCUGUUUGGAUUAUUCAAACAGCAUCAAGACUUUUGCUUUUGGCUUGCUGAUAUCACUUAUGGGUUGCUCUUAUCCGAUCGCCAGGUUUUGGAUGACGUGGAUACAGAGUUGGUAAUCCUACCAGGGGUCAUGGGACAGGACGUACCGCGGAUGACCUAUUGGCAUAUCCGAGGAACAAGGCGGUUGGGAAUCUCCAAGGAAGAUGUACAAAUGGUCAUGGACUGCGUGAACAUGGUCGUUGAAGCUUGCGGUGUCACAUUGAAGCAAGUGCCCAGUGUGGAUGCCGUUGAUGCAGAAUUGUAG